AUGUCGUCCCACCAACUUGCGCAAAAGAUCUUUGUCGUCUUUGUGGACGGUGAAGCGGAUGUUAACUCUCAUACGUUCAAUCAUGUAGCUACACGUGGCUGCAGUGGAUUCCUUGUACUACCUGACCCAAACACCAUCGACUUGUUAGCUUUGCUAGGCGUUCAAGGAGAAGAUGGUUCCAUUGCAUACCCGGAGUUACCUAUUUUCUUCUACAGUGCUUGUGAAUCCGCAUGUCAACUCGUCAAGAAUGCAGGAGUGAUGUCAGUGCAUCAAGUCUCAGAAGAUGGAGCUGACACGAAGAAGCAAAUCAUUUCCAAGCUGGCUGACGUAGAAAUUGCCAAGGCUCUGGUGUUUGUACACGUUAAAGUGACCAAGAACUCGUCGCUGACUGCAGAUUCGUGGAUCUAUUCUCUCGUGUCGGAACUCGCAACGCAGCAGCAAAACGACGGUAACAGCAAGUUCUUUGUCUCAAUCGUAAAAACUGCCAGUCAACAUGUACUAAAGCUGUCGAAGCCUCAUCCUCUUCGACCACAGCAAAGCUACGAGAAAUGGGACCAUAAAUACCUCGAACAAAAGGAAAUGGAAGCUCCGAGACGCCUCAUGUUUGCUAGUUUUUAUCAGGACCAGACGCGUCGUGAUGCCGUGCAGACAUUUGACGAGACAGAGAUUGACAAGCUCGGUGGGUACGGAACAAUGGAUGCACGUGUCUUUAUGAAAGAAAUGGCAUUCCGUCUUGGAUGCGUUCCUAAAUAUGGUGCUUAA